AUGGCCACGGCCGUGUUACCAGGCAGGCCAGGUUCUCCGACGCUUCUUGACAAACUAGAUGACAUCGUGCCGGCACCGCUCGCCCAAUUCGAUGCUUUCCCCAAGCUCCCCUCCACCUACAAGGCACGCUCAGAGUCGCGAGGCUUUCUUACCAUCUUCGUGGCUCUUGUAGCAUUUCUGCUCAUUUUGAAUGAUCUUGGCGAAUAUUUAUGGGGCUGGUCCGAUCAUGAAUUCAGUGUUGACUCAGAUACGACGAACGGAUUGAAUCUCAAUGUGGAUCUUAUGGUCAAUAUGCCAUGCCAAUACCUCAGUGUUGACCUCCGAGAUGCUGUUGGUGACCGCUUGUUUUUGAGCCGAGGUUUCCGCCGGGAUGGGAUUAAGUUUGACGUUGGGCACGCGACGGCCCUCAAAGAACAUGCCGCCGCACUCUCUGCGCAACAGGCAAUCGCCCAGUCUCGCAAGUCUCGCGGGUUCUUUUCGACGCUUUUCCGGAAAGAUGUUGCCCAAUAUCGUCCCACACACAAUUACCAAAAGGACGGUAGUGCCUGCAGGAUCUACGGAACAAUCACGGCGAAGAAGGCCACUGCCAACCUCCAUAUAACUACGAUCGGUCAUGGGUAUGCGAGUCGUGAUCAUGUCGACCACAAAUACAUGAACUUGUCCCAUGUCAUCAAUGAAUUUUCUUUCGGCCCUUUCUUCCCCGAGAUAGUACAGCCUUUAGACAAUUCUUUUGAAUUGGCGCUUGAUCCUUUUGUCGCAUAUCAAUACUAUCUACAUGUUGUCCCGACGACUUAUAUCGCACCACGUUCCACGCCAUUGCACACUCAUCAGUACAGCGUCACACACUAUACGCGUACUAUGAGUACCCAUCAAGGCACUCCGGGUAUUUUCUUCAAAUUUGAUCUAGAGCCCAUGCACUUGACAAUCCAUCAGCGAACGACAACGCUCGCACAGUUUUUGAUCAGGUGCGUAGGUGUCGUGGGCGGCAUCUUCGUGUGCAUGGGUUACGCAGUCCGUGUGGGGACAAGGGCAGUCGAAGCCGCUACAGGAGUGGACAGAUCGCAGGGCAUUGUCGCUGCUGAAGCGAGCGGCGUCGGUAUCGGGAUACGAAAACGCUUCGGUAGCGCGGAUUUAAGGCUCCGUGCUGGACCGAACGCAUCCAAUAUCAUCAGGUCAGGGCCUGGCUGGGUGGUGGAAGGUGGCAGUCCGUACGGGAGCUACGCGGGUACCCCAGUCUCUGGCGGCUUCCCUUCCCCAAGUACAGGUGGAUAUCCGACCUCGCCAUUCUCCAGUCCUAAUAUUGCCGGACCACCGCCACACCGCCACUCCACUUCUGGGGUCAGCCUCGGCGUUCCCUCUCCUUCAUUUGGUCCGUUGGGCGCUGCUGCCCCGCCGGCUGCAGAUGCUUUUCCGACCGCUGCUACCGCUGGCUCGCCGUAUAGUGGUACGAUAUCGGUUCCGCCCACGCCAGGGACACCGGGAAGCGGAUUUUACUCACAUUUCCCGCCGACCCCGAACCCCGCACACUCACCGCAGAGUAGUGUGGCGGGUUUCGGGACACAGCAGACUGGACCGCCUCGAAGGAACGGUGGCCUCCGGCAUUCACGCACCGAGAGCAUCACUAAAGUGAAGAGCGACUAG